CAGGCGGGGGAUAUAUUGGGGGAUUCCCGUCGGACGGUGCUGCCGCCGCACGGCGGAACGCGCGACCGCCUGACACGGCGACCGGUGAGCUUUUCAAACGCGAGAAGUGGCGAGAAGGAGCGAAUCGAUCCCGCGGCGCAAUUGCGACGGCCGCCUUCCUUGUCCUGGACGCCCCGGAGUUGUCGCCGCGACCCCGGGCAACGCCGGUCACGCCGAGGGGCGGGACCAGGUGACAUGGAGUCCGCGAUCGGGCAUCUCGAGGAGAGCGUGCAGAGAGCCGACGGGAAGCUGGACAUGAUCGCCUGGCAGAUAGACGAAUUCGAGAGAGCCUUCGAGGACCCGGAAGACGAGCGUACGUCUCGAUUCGUCACGAACAUGCGCUCCCUCGUGCUUGGUCUGACAUUAAUCGCAAGCCUGCUAGUCGUUAGAAGGGUUUCUGCCCAUGGAAGACUGAUAGAGCCGCCCUCGAGGGCCUCCAUGUGGAGAUACGGCUUCGACACACCUCACGAUUAUAACGACCACGAGUGCUAUUGCGGCGGGUUCACCAGGCAGUGGCAGCGGAACAAAGGGAAAUGCGGCAUCUGCGGCGAUCCCUGGGAUUCUCCAACGCCACGUGUCCACGAGACGGGUGGCAAGUAUGGGAACGGCGUGAUCGCUCGGCGUUAUCGGACCGGAUCGGUCAUACCGGUCCGCGUGGAACUGACGGCGAACCAUCACGGCUACUUCGAGUUCCGCACCUGCGCCAUGACCUACCGUGACCGGGAGGUCACCCAGGAGUGCCUGGACCAGCACCUGCUGCACGCCGAGAACGGAUCCACCCGCUACUACCCUGGCCCCGGCAACCGGGUCUUCGAGGGCUACUACAAAUUACCGAAGGGUCUGACCUGCGCCCAAUGCGUCUUCCAGUGGCGAUACAUUGCCGGGAAUAACUGGGGCGACUGUGGCAACGGCACAGGAGCGGUGGGGUGCGGGCCUCAGGAAGAGUUUCGAGCCUGCGCCGACAUCGUCAUCGGUGACAAUGAAGCGGAACUACCGCCGAGGCUACCGAAGCAGCCGACCACCAGCUCGACACCCACAGACAGAUUGCCGGCGGACACGUUGCCGAAAUCCGGGCCGUAUUGGCUAUUCAGCGUUGUCAUCGCUGGUACGUGCCUGCUGGUGGUGCUGGCCGCUAUGGCAUUGCUUUACACGUACUACUAUCACGCCGGUAGAGCCAAAAAGUGGCUUAUGGCGAGGAGACUCCUGGCGCAGGAGAGUCCGCCGGUUGCCCCGCCGAGGCACAAAAGGCAUCAUCACGUAUCGAACACGCAGCUUCAGCUGUAGAGCUCUGUACUUGAUUGUCAGUAUCGCACCUUGGAGGAGAGAUAGCUCGAAGGAACUUUCCGAUUCAGUCGAUACGCGAUAUCGUCGUGUCAACUAUAUUUUGCUCUAACUCUUAAAAAGGUCUGAUGUUCAAACAUGACGGACACAUAGAGUUCAUUCACGAACAGACUGUAUUUCAAGCGAUAUAUCUUUAUACUUGGCACGUACUCUCUCUUGUAUAUACAUAUCAAUAAUUUUAUAUAUAUAUAUGUAUUAAAAGUAUUUAUUUUAUAUAA